AUGGAAGGAGAGAGCACACUGAACUCCACUGUAAAUACAAGCACAAUGGAUAUCCACCUGGUCACUCACAGUCUGUGGGAGGUGAUCACCAUCGCGACUGUGUCGGCCAUAGUGAGCCUCAUCACCAUUGUGGGGAAUGUUCUGGUGAUGCUCUCCUUUAAGGUCAACAGCCAGCUCAAGACAGUGAAUAAUUACUACCUGCUGAGUUUGGCAGCUGCUGACCUCAUCAUCGGUGUUUUCUCCAUGAAUCUGUACACGUCUUAUAUACUGAUGGGCUACUGGGCCUUGGGGAACCUUGCCUGUGACCUGUGGCUGGCAGUGGACUAUGUAGCCAGUAAUGCCUCAGUCAUGAACCUGUUGGUAAUCAGUUUUGACAGAUAUUUUUCCAUCACUAGACCUUUGACCUACAGAGCCAAGCGGACUCCCAAACGAGCCGGGAUCAUGAUCGGUUUGGCCUGGCUGGUGUCACUUAUUCUGUGGGCCCCACCUAUACUCUGCUGGCAAUACUUUGUAGGAAAAAGGACUGUCCCUGAGAGGCAAUGUCAGAUCCAGUUUUUCUCUGAGCCUGUGAUAACCUUUGGGACAGCGAUUGCUGCCUUUUAUAUUCCCGUAUCAGUCAUGACAAUCUUAUACUGUCGAAUCUACAAGGAGACAGAGAAGAGGACCAAAGAUCUGGCAGAGCUGCAGGGGAUUAACUAUCCCACAGACCCUGGGGUACCCCAGCCUCAGAAGACCAUAAUCAGAUCCUGUUUUAGCUGUAAAUUAAGGUCGGCUUCACAUGACAGGAAUCAAGCCUCUUGGUCAUCGUCCAGCAGAAGCAAUGCGGCCAAAUCAGCAGCUACCACCAAUGACGAGUGGUCCAAAGCUGGUCAACUGACCACCUUCAACAGUUAUGCCUCCUCUGAGGACGAGGACAGACCUGUUUCUCCUGGGGUCUUCCAGCCUUCCUUCAGGAACCAGGCUUGUGAGACCAUCAAGAGCGGAGUAGGUAGCGAGAGUGAGCAGCUCAGCAGCUACGAGGAAGAUAGCUUCUUCCAGACACCACCCAAAAGUAACUCUCAGAAGAGCAGCAAGUGUGUGUCCUACAAGUUCAAGCCUGUGGCCAAAGACUCUCAAGUGGAGCACCACAGCAAGAACGGAGACACCAAAAUGGCAUCGUCCACAUUCUCCUCGGCUGAGUCCAUGAGCGUCCCUUCCACCUCCUCUGCGACAAAGCCCAUAGACGCCACGCUGAAGAACCAGAUCACCAAGAGGAAGAGGAUGGUGCUAAUCAAGGAGAGGAAGGCAGCUCAAACUCUCAGCGCCAUUUUGUUGGCCUUUAUCUUAACAUGGACGCCUUAUAACAUCAUGGUUCUUAUUUCCACCUUCUGCUCAGACUGCAUCCCCCUCUCAUUGUGGCACCUGGGCUACUGGCUGUGCUAUGUCAACAGCACCGUCAAUCCCAUGUGCUACGCCCUUUGUAACAAGACUUUCCAAAAGACCUUCCGGAUGCUUUUACUUUGCCAGUGGAAGAAGAAAAGGAUUGAAGAGAAACUGUACUGGUAUGGACAAAACCCUGUGGUCAGCUCCAAACUCACAUGA